AUGGCCGCUUCUCGCACCACUCCCCUUCGUCUCGGCUCGACGGCCGAGGAUUUCACGGCCGACAGCAACGUCGGCCCCUUCAAGUUCUACGAAUACAUCGGGAACGACUGGGCCAUCCUGUUCUCCCACCCCCAGGACUACACGCCAGUCUGCACCACGGAGCUCGGCGCGUUCGCCAAGCUCGAACCCGAAUUCGCCAAGCGCGGCGUCAAGCUCGUCGGCCUCUCCGCCGACACGCCCGAGCGGCACGAGGGCUGGAUCAAGGACAUUGCCGAGGUCACGGGCGGCACCGUCACGUUCCCCAUCGUGGCCGACAAUGACCGCAAGGUCGCCAACCUUUACGACAUGAUCGACUACCAGGACCCCAGCAACAUCGACCACAACGCCCUCCCCCUCACCAUCCGCUCCGUCUUCUUCAUCGACCCGAAGAAGAAGAUCCGCACGAUCCUCUCCUACCCAGCCUCGACCGGCCGCAACGCCGCCGAGGUGCUCCGAAUCGUGGACUCCCUCCAGGCCGGCGACAAGUUCAAGAUUGCGACGCCCAUCGACUGGGUCCCCGGCCAGGACGUCAUCGUCGCCAACAGCGUCAAGCAGGACGAGGCGAAGGAGCUCUUCCCCCAGCACCGCACCGUCAAGCCAUACUUGCGCUACACUGCCCUCCCCAAGGCUUGA